CGGGCGAGCGAGCGGCGCGGCCUGAGGAGCCGGCGGCACUAUGGAGGGCGGCGGGGGCUCGGCGCGCGUUGGCCGGGACAAGCGGCGGGGGAAGGGCCCGGAGGAGGCGGCGGCACCCGCGGACUCUGGCAAGUCCAAGAAAUUCACUUUGAAGCGACUCAUGGCAGAUGAGCUGGAACGAUUGACCAGUAUGAGGAUAAAGAAGGAGAAGGAAAGGCCCAAUGCAUCUCAUAGGAAUUCGUCUGCCUCCUAUAUGGAUGUUCAAAGCACAGGCCAGACGCUGCAGGAAAUCCCUGAUGAGGACGUGCUGGUACUCUUUGAGCAGAUGCUGGUGGAUAUGAAUCUGAAUGAAGAAAAACAGCAACCUCUGAGGGAAAAGGACAUAAUAAUCAAGAGGGAGAUGGUGUCCCAGUAUCUGCACACAUCCAAAGCUGGUAUGAAUCAAAAGGAGAGUGCUAAGUCACCUAUGAUGUAUAUCCAGGAGCUGAAAUCAAAUCCCAGGGAUGCCCAGCUGCUCAACUGUUUGGAGUCUCUGCGAGUGUCACUGAAUAAUAACCCUGUCAGCUGGGUGCAGAAUUUUGGAAAUGAGGGCCUCACUUCCCUGCUGUCUAUCUUAAAAGUGCUUCAUGAGGAAAAGGAUGAGAUACCCAGCUCAUAUGAUACCCGGAAUAAACAUGAGAUCAUCCGGUGCCUCAAGGCAUUCAUGAACAACAAGUUUGGUAUCAAAACAAUGCUUGAAACUGAGGAGGGGAUCCUGUUGCUGGCAAGAGCAGUUGACCCCAAAGUCCCUUCCAUGAUGAUAGAUGCCAUGAAGCUGCUGUCUGCCCUUUGUAUCCUGCCUCAACCCGAGGACAUGCAUGAGAGGGUUUUGGAGGCACUGACAGAACGAGCAGAAAUGGAUGAAGUGGAGCGAUUCAGACCCUUGCUGGAUGGUCUAAAGAGUGGAACUUCAGUGACGUUGAAGGUAGCCUGUAUGCAGCUGAUCAAUGCCCUGAUCAUCCCGGCUGAUGAGCUUGACUUCAGAGUACACAUUCGCAGUGAGCUGAUGCGUUCAGGAUUGCAGCACAUCCUGAAAGAACUGCGAAUGUUGGAGAAUGAGGAGCUGAAGGUGCAGCUUUCAGUAUUUGAAGAGCAUGGUGAAGAGGAUUCAGAAGACCUCAGGAGUCGCCUAGAAGACAUUCGCAUUGAGAUGGAUGAUUUCAGUGAUGUCUUCCAGAUACUCCUGAAUACAGUAAAAGAUUCCAAAGCAGAGCCAUUUUUUCUUUCUAUCCUGCAGCACCUUCUACUUAUCCGCAAUGAUUAUGAAGCCAGGCCUCAGUACUACAAGCUGAUUGAUGAAUGUAUUUCCCAAAUAAUUCUACACAAAAAUGGUGCUGAUCCAGACUUUAAAUGUAGGCAUCUUGCCAUUAACAUUGAGGGGCUAAUAGAUAACCUGAUUGAUCAAACAAAGGUGGAAAAAAGUGAAGCCAAAGCAGUAGAACUGGAGAAAAAGCUGGACUCAGAGUUGACUGCACGGCAAGAACUGCAGGUUGAAAUGAAAAAGAAGGAAAGUGACUUUGAACAGAAACUCCUUGAAUUAUGUAAAGAGAACAAGACACUAGACAUGGAGAAACAGCAUAUGGCCACCGAGAAGCAGACUCUGGAAAGCAAAGUUUCUGAGCUGAAUGAGGAGAUGUCUAAGUUGUCAAAGGAGCUUGAGGAUACUAAGAAGGAAAUGGCUUCCCUCUCUUCUAUAUCUGCUUUACCUGCUCCUCUACUCCCUGGUUCAGCUGCUGUACCCCCUUCCCCACUUCUUCCUAGUGCAAGUGGGAUCCCACCUCCCCCUCCACUCCCUGGUGCUCUUGGCAUCCCGCCUCCCCCUCCACUCCCUGGCGUCCCGCCUCCCCCUCCACUCCCUGGCGUCCCGCCUCCCCCCCCGCUCCCUGGCGCUCCUGGCGUCCCGCCUCCCCCCCCGCUCCCUGGCGCUCCUGGCGUCCCGCCUCCCCCCCCGCUCCCUGGCGUCCCGCCUCCCCCCCCGCUCCCUGGCGCUCCUGGCGUCCCGCCUCCCCCCCCGCUCCCUGGCGCUCCUGGCGUCCCGCCUCCCCCCCCGCUCCCUGGCGCCCCACCUCCCCCUCCGCUCCCUGGCGCUCCUGGCCUCCCGCCUCCCCCUCCACUCCCUGGUGCUCCUGGUAUUCCACCACCUCCACCAGGGAUGGGUGUCCCUCCUCCACCUCCUGGGCUUGGGGGAUGGGGAGCCCCUGGAGUUCCAAUUCUUCCAUAUGGAAUGACUCCUAAAAAGGCUUAUAAACCAGAGGUACAGCUGCGAAGACCUAACUGGUCCAAGAUUAUAGUUGAAGACCUCUCCCAGGACUGUUUCUGGACCAAAGCCAAGGAAGAGCGAUUUGAGAAUGAAAACCUCUUUGCUAGGCUGACAGUGAUGUUUUCUGCUCAAACUAAGCGUGAGUGCUAUACUCAGUGCCCCUCUCCCCCUGUUUCCUUAGCCAAUUCAGAUGAGUAAGAAGGAAGUGGGAAU